ACAAGAGAUGCCCGAGUUGAACUAGACGACGUGUUUUGCUCUCCAUUCGAUUCAGACCCCGAAGGCACGUCCUCUCUCUCUCUCUCUCUCUCUCUCUCUCUGUUGCUAUUUGCAAUACCGCGACUAUGCAUUCCGACCAGCAAAAUUCUUAACUCAAUUUUUGUUCAUCUUUUAGGGUUUUGCUCCAGAUGAAGAAAACCCAUACUUUUAUCAUCCCAUCCAUUUCAAUCGACGAGGAAGAAAACCUAAAACUAAAUAUUGGGUGCUUCUUGGUUUUCCGCCUCCUCCUUUACUGGUCCGUCUAAACCAAUGAAACCUUCUUUAGUAUUGACCAUGGCGUCUUCCCCCGCUUCACCCACCGUGGAUUACGCUUUCUCUCUUCCCCCUUCUAGUUCCGGUGACGAUGAUGGUGAAUUUGUAAUGGCGUGGUACGGAAACAUUCAGUACCUCUUAAACAUUUCAGCCAUCGGCGCAUUUUGUUGCGUCUUUAUCUUUCUAUUUGUCAAGCUCCGAAGCGAUCACCGUCGGAUGCCCGGCCCCGCUGCCCUAAUCACGAAGCUCCUUGCCGUCUGGCACGCCACCGGCCGGGAGAUCGCCCGCCACUGUGGUGCCGACGCCGCUCAGUUCCUCCUUAUCGAAGGUGGAAGCUGCGCCGUCCUUUUGUCGAUCGCGGUCUUCGCCAUCUCUGUCAUUCUUCCUGUCAAUCUUUAUGCUGGGACUGCAGCGAUGGCCGAUCAAUUUUCCAAGACCACCAUCAUUCACAUUGAAAAAGGUUCGCCUUUGUUAUGGAUUCAUUUUCUUUUUGUGACUGUCGUAGUUGGUUUGCUUCAUUUUGGCAUUUCCAUGAUUGAGGAAAGGCUUAGAUAUACUAGGUUUAGGGACGGUAAUGGGAACCCUAGUAAUCCCAAUGCAAACUCCGUUGCGAUCUUUACAAUCAUGAUUCAGGGGAUCCCCAAGACACUAGCGGCAGAUAGGACUGCAUUGGAGGAAUAUUUCCAACAUAGGUAUCCUGGCAAGGUUUAUAGGGUUGUUGUCCCGAUGGAUUUGUGUGCUUUGGAUGAUUUGGUUACAGAACUGGUGAAGGUUCGCAAUGGUAUUUCUUGGUUGGUGGCUCGUAUAGACUCUCAAGUUCUAUCUGACGAGGGUGAGAAUUGCGAACCUGGGGGAGCUUCCUCUGAGGGAUUUUGGAAUUGGUUCCAUUUUCUUAGGAGGAGAUUAAAGGAUCUCUGGGCUGAGGUUGUUUCUCGGUUGGGUUUUACAGACGAAGAUAGGUUGAAGAGGUUACAAGAUUUGAGAGCUAAACUAGAGACUGAAUUGGUUGCCUACAAAGAAGGCCAAGCACAAGGUGCUGGAAUUGCAUUUGUGAUAUUUAAGGAUGUCUACACAGCUAAUAAGGCAGUGCAAGAUUUUCGUACUGAAAAGAAGAGGCCAAUUGGGAAGUUCUUCUCUGUCAUGGAGCUGCGACUAGGUAGGAGCCACUGGAAAGUAGAGCGAGCCCCACCAGCCACUGACAUUUACUGGAACAACUUGGGCUCAACAAAGAUCUCAUUGAAACUGCGUAGAGUUUUCGUGAACACGUGCCUUCUGUUGAUGUUGUUGUUUUGUAGUUCUCCCCUUGCUGUCAUUAGUGCUUUAAAGAGUGCUGGACGUAUAAUCAAUGCAGAAGCAAUGGAUAAUGCACAAAUGUGGCUGGCUUGGGUCCAGAGCUCAAGCUGGGCUGCAACUGUAAUUCUUCAAUUCCUGCCUAAUGUUCUUAUAUUUGUCAGCAUGUAUAUAGUGAUCCCAUCAGUUCUUUCUUAUAUGUGCAAGUUUGAACGGCAUCUGACUGUCUCUGGGGAGCAACGUGCUGCACUUUUGAAGAUGGUUUGUUUCUUCCUGGUAAAUCUUAUCCUUCUGAGGGCUCUAGUUGAAUCAUCUCUGGAGAGUGCAAUCCUGCGGAUGGGUCGGUGUUAUUUGGAUGGAGAAGAUUGCAAAAAGAUUGAGCAGUAUAUGAGUGCAUCGUUCUUGUCCAGAUCAUGUCUUUCUUCUCUUGCAUUUCUCAUCACAAGCACAUUCUUGGGUAUAUCAUAUGAUCUUUUGGCUCCCGUCCCCUGGAUUAAAAAAAAGUUGCAGAGGUUUCGGAAGAAUGACAUGCUCCAGUUGGUUCCAGAACAAAAUGAAGAUUACUCGUUAGAAAACCAGGAAAUAGAUAGCCUUCGGAUGCCUCUGGUGUCUGAAAGGGAGUUUGAUGCUUCCAUCCACAGUAAUGGCAUUCCACAUGUUGCUCGAUUGAAUGGAAUUGAUCUACAGGGUCAGGAUCUUUCUGUUUAUCCAAUCAACAGAAGCUCACCUGUUCCAAAACAAAAUUUUGAUUUUGCCCAGUAUUAUGCAUUUAAUCUGACUAUAUUUGCUCUCACCAUGAUCUAUUCAGCAUUUUCCCCGCUCGUUGUCCCUGUUGGAACAGUUUAUUUUGGGUAUAGAUACGUGGUUGACAAAUAUAACUUUCUAUUCGUGUACAGAGUCCGUGGAUUCCCUGCAGGCAAUGAUGGGAAGCUGAUGGAUAGUGUAUUGUGUAUCAUGCGUUUCUGUGUAGACUUAUUCCUUCUUUCAAUGCUUCUGUUCUUUUCAGUUCAAGGAGAUUCUACUAAACUGCAGGCAAUAUUCACAUUGGGUUUGCUAUUGUUGUAUAAAUUGUUGCCCUCAAAGAACAAUGGAUUUCAACCAUCACUGUUGGAAGGCAUACAGACUGUUGAUAGUGUUGUGGAUGGGCCUACUGAUUAUGAGGUUUUCUCACAGCCCAGGUUUGAUUGGGAUACCUAUCAAAUAUGAUGAAAGCUCAGGAUACAACCAGACAAUUUAUUGACAUGUAAUUGUUUGUGCAACAUUGUCCUUCUAUCACUUGUCUUUAAUCCAUUUUAUGGUUUUCAUGUAUAAUUAUUUGUGUUUGUAACUGGAUUUCCUUGUUUAACUCAUAUAGUGCAAAGCUGUUCAAGAAAGGUAGUUCUUUCUAAAAACAUAGAUCAACAGGAGCUUUAUUUGUACAUGCCUUUCUAAUAAGUACUACAUGAACAUACCAAGGCUUGGCUUACGCUGAUCUUUUGCUGUUA